CUCCGGGCAGAGGCACAUCGGGCUGGACUCCGGGCAGAGGCACAUCGGGCUGGACUCCGGGCAGAGGCACAUCGGGCUGGACUCUGGGCAGAGGCACAUCGAGCUGGAUCCGGGCAUUGGAUCGUCUGGCUCGACAGCGGGCAUCGGGUCACCAGGCAUGACAGCGGGCACCGGGUCAUCAGGUACCAGAUCGUCUGGAUCGACAGCGGGCACCGGGUCAUCUGGCCGGGCACCGGGUCAUCAGGCAUUGGAUCGUCUGGCUCGACAGCGGGCAUCGGGUCACCAGGUAUGACAGCGGGCACUGGGUCAUCAGGCGUGAUAGGAUCAUCAGGCUGGAUCAGUUCAUCAGGCUGGGUACAGACAUCAGGCUGGGUAGAGACAUCAGGCUGAAGUGCGGGUGCCGA